AUGAAGGAGAAGUUUGAUAUAAAUGAAGAAGGGGAUGGAUGGUUGCAAACUGUUUACAAAUAUCGAGAACAUUGGGUGUCAUGUUAUUUGAAGGACACUUUUUUUGCUGGAAUGAGAUCGAGCCAAAGAAGUGAAAGUAUUAAUGCAUUUUUUGAUGGUGAAGCACAUGAAGAUUAUAAGAGUCUUAACACAAAGCCUGUCAUACUCCUUGGACAUCCGAUUGAGGUACAAGUUGGAGAAAUGUAUACACGCAAUAUGUUUGAUGUGUUCCAAACUGAAUUCAAAGGAUUUGGUAUAGAGUUUUGUGAAGAAUUGAGAAAAGAUGGGGACAUUGUUGAAUACAAGAUUUGUAAGUUUGCAGAUAGAGGAAAAUGGGAGACAAAUUUCUUCAUUACCCGAUCAUUACAUCCUACACCGUUGGACUAUACAUGCUCGACAUCGAACAUUGGGGUUGGCAAUAUUGUAUUUGGAAGAAACCUCACAAGCUGUGAAGAGAAGAUUAAUUUGUUGAAAUCUUGGGCUUUAAGAGCAAAAUUCAAUAAUGCGCUCGAGCUUGCAUUUGAUUCAGAAGAGAGGAUGCAGAAAUUAGAUAAUGUGUUAACAAAAUUCAUAGAAUCACUUGAAGAAGAAGUUAGAGAAAUAGAAGAUAAUCCUCAGAUUUCAGCACCCAUUUCAUAUACAAUGGAGCACAUUUCUCAGAUUACAGUUCGUGAUCCUAAAAAAUCUGCAAGGACUAAAGGUCGGCCACGCAAUGUAAGAGCAAUCAUCGAUAUCUGCAAGCUGGGUAGAUUGCAAGCUGGGUAUGAAAUGGUGACAAUGUUUGGAAUGUCUGAGAUUGGCCCGUGGGCAUUGAUGGAUCCAGUCGUACAAAGCAGUGAUGUAGUGAUGAGAAUGCUUGCAAGAAACUCAAUGUCCGAGAAGCUUGGACAUUGA